AUGAAUCAGCCAGUUCGAAUGACUGAACUACCGGUGGAAUGCCCCGACAUCAAUGGCACCGUCGCUACAAAUCACAUCGGACUGAACAAGUACAGCUUCAACGUCACAAUCGGACCUGAAAACGUCACCAAAUCUAUCCCACAGUACCGGUACCAUGGGGGUGAUGUCUCGGUGGCCCUUGGUGUCAGGGCGAGUCCGAUCGGUAGCGUCGAUGAUCUCGGGACAUACCAGCUGACCAUAGCCGAUGAUGUCCUGAGGAAGACUUGCGAAGGUCCUAUCCGAAUUUUAGGACGCAUUACGGUAGCAACGGUUGUGAUUAUCGUCAUGGCAGCUAUAGCAGUGAUCGUUUUGAUAUCAUUUAUAUCAUACAGGGUUGUCAAGGCUAUAAAGAGGUCCAAAACAAAUUAAAAAAGCAAAAUAUCAUG